GCAUGACAGAAUUCUAAUGGUGAAUUGACUGAUCUCCCCUACUUUUCACUAACAAACGAUUAACAUAAUCUCAUCAUGGUAAGUUCCUUCUUCUUCUAUGAAUUGUUACAUUUUAAAAGAUACGUGCAGUACCAUGAACUUUACAUAAGACCUUUAGAGAUAAUAAUGUCUAUAAUAUUGUUAAAGGAAUUGGAAAAUAAAGGUAACUAGGCCUUAUAAUACUAAUAUUUUUAAGUUAUGUUGUGCCACGUCUUUUAUUUGGAGCUAGCCACGAACUACUUCCGGUAGGCUUACCUUAUUAGUUUAUUAGUUUUUCAGAAUACUAUUAGUUUUUCAGAAUACUAAUAUUUAAAUAAUUAUAAUAUUAAUAUAAAUCACUGCUUUGUUACUUAAAAUACAUCUAUUUAAAAUAGCAGUUGUAUUUACCCCUUUUCAUAAGAGUAAGAGCUGCACCUGCGUUUAUCUAUGACAAAUAUUGCAGUUGGCUGAGUUGGCAGUGAGCCACACAGUGGUACUUUAUUUUUAUUAAUAAAUUAAAUUUAAAAUAGUGUGCUUUGUUUUUAUAGGGUCUUUUAUGUAGGAAUAAAUAUAAAUUUAACAUAUUAGACUUUCAAGCAAUGUCAUUGUGUAGGCUAUGAUUGAGUGGACUAUGUACUAUGUUUCUUUAAUUUUUCUAUUUAAAUAUUUAGGCCCAACAUAUAGCCUGAACUAAGUCUAAAAUUUAUAUCGGUAUGAAGGUUUCCCAGGUCAGCUUAGUGCACUAUCAGCCAUAGUUCCAUCAUACUCAAAAGAUUUCAAUUUUUAGUGCUGCAUUUAUUUAUUAAUGCGAUAAAAAAUUUUUUCCUUCUCAUUUUUAUAGUGGGGAAGGGGAAAGCACUAUUUUGAAUUCAGUAAUGUCCAGUAAAAUAGUGACGUUGUAGAAUUAAAUGUGAUAUAGAUACUUUUUCUUUUUUCUACCAAUCAAAAGACAGCAUAUGUGCUCAUCUUUUUUCUGGUUCAGCUUGGGUUAUUGACAACGAUGGGUUUCUUUUUUUUUUCUUUCUUUUGAACCUUGUAAGUUGAGAGCCAGUCAUUCGCAGAUGACACGCAGCUUUACAAGCAUACCCAUCCCUCUCUUGUCGGUUGCGCUGUUCAGACUUUGCGGUAGUGCAUUGGUGAUGGUCAAGUCAUGGAUGACACUCAAAAGUUGAAGCUUAAUGAUGACGAAAUGGAAGCACUCCUCAUUCACAAUCACAAGUCAUCCUCUAACUCAGCUCUCCCCACCUCAUUUUAGGUAACUCUGACAUACUGUUUACAUCCUCUGCUAGGAAUCUUGGCUGUAUUCUUUCUAACAACAUGUCUCUCGAUAAACAUAUCUCUCACAUUUGUCGUUCUGCUUACAGCGCUAUCUGUCAGAUCAGCUCCAACCGCCACUAACUCACAGUUCUGAGUUGGCACAACAAAAACACUCUUCUGUGCUCUUGUUCUCUCUCGUCUUAACUAUUGCAAUUCUCUUCAAAACACUUCAUAGAAAUAAUACAAAUGUUUCAAAACUCAGCUGAUAGGCUGGUUCUCAAGGCAAAAAAACGUGGUCAUGUCACUCCACUCACUUCAUUGGCUCCAUAUACAGGCACACAUUGAUUAAAAGCUGUCUGUUCUCUGUCACAACUUUUUCUUGGAUUACUGCCCUUCCUAUCUAACCAAACUUCUUUCUAUUCACCCCUUCGACUCGCACCUCCGCAGACAUGCAUAUUCUGUCCAUUCCCAAGCCACACAUUAAAACAUAUGGUGAAUGAUCUUUCUCUUUCUGCACCCCCAAACAAUGGAAUUCUCUCUCACUACACAACCGCAAUAUACCAACCACGCAAGCCUUCAAAACUGCACUCAAAACACAUCUCUUUAAACUCUACUUAUUCCUCAUCUGAGUCUGACCUAUAAAUGAUGCUGCUGGCUGCUGUCCAUGGCUUGACAUGUAAAAGUUCUGGGGUGGGUGGGGUGAAUAUACAUUUGUAUUUGGUUUGUUGUUACCGUAUACAGCUGAAGACCACUAAUAAUGAUAAUAAUUAAAAAAAUGGUAAUGUUACAUAUUAGCUGGACCAAUAGAUUUAGUUUAUGCUGUGAAUAUUGCUCAGAGUGAAAAGUUUGGGAGAGACAUCUCUUGGCAAAAUUCAUGUAGCUAACUAUACUUAUAACAUAUUUCAAAGCCCCUAUUUUUCUUUAGAUCUAACUUAAGGAGGAAAACUUGUGACCAACUUUUCAUGUUUCUGCCUUAUUUUGAACUUUUUAAUUUUAACAGCUAAUGGUAUCAAAUGUUUUGGAGACAUUCACAAUGCUAUUUACAACAAAAUGAAUAACACAACUUUUACAUAACAUUAUGAAAACUCUGUGUUUUGUAUAAUUUUAUUUGAGGGUAGUUUUAAAAAAAAAAAUCCUGAAAAGAAAAAUGGGGGGGGGGGGGAUACUUUUAAAGUUAUAAAGAGUACCAAAAAAAUAUAGGAUUCUUAUUGAUUAUUGUAUUUUAAUUAAAUAUAUGCUUCAGUUAUAUUUAAAUCAAUUUUUAUAUUUAUAAAAGGUAAUUGGAAUUAUUUAUUUUUAUAAUUAUAAGAUUGAAUUCAUGAAAUUAUAAACAGAAAAUUAAAAUUUACUAUUCUACCGGUACCUGAAAUUGAAGCCUAGAACUUCUAGAAAUAAAAUCUAAUAAUAAUCAUGGAUCUACACAAUUUCUGUUUUAUUUUUAAUAUUCAAAAUUCAAGUUUUUUGGUACAGGGUAUAUUAAAGUUCAUGUCUUUUUUUUAAACAUUUUAUUAGAAAUAUUAAAUUUAAAUAUUCAUUUAAGUUAAAAAUAUCUACUUGUUAGUAGUGAAAAAUUAUUAUUUUAUUAGCUACCGUACAAAAAUAAAUGUACUGUUAAUUAUUUAAAAUUUUGGAUGCCUCUUGAAAUUGAACAAGCAUCCUGGAAUAAACUAAUCACACAAUUUGUGUAUAUAAUUAAUAUAAACCUAAUACCGGGUAUAUUAAAAUUUAAUUCAUCAAAGACAAAAUAAAAAUGUUAACAUUUAGUUUCAGGCUAAUGCAAACCUAAAAAAUGGCAUGCUAAUUGUAAAUUUUGUUCAAGACAGGUCAAAAUGAGGCUUAAACUUAAAGCCUAUGUGUCCAUUCUAAAGUACCUUGGAUUGCUGUACGGAGUAUUAAAACAAAUUAAUUAUGAACUUAUAAUAACAAUAAGUAUAAGGGUGCCUAACAGGUCAAUGCCCACUAUCAUGGUACACAAACUGUGUCUGGAAAAAGGGAACCCUUUAUAUUUAUCAAUUUUUUAAAUAUCCAAAAUUCAUAUACAUUUAAACAUAAUGCUAAAUUUUAUCAGGGACCGCUUAAUUAUUUUUGUUCAGUAUGUAAGGACUUAAAUGAGUUUUUAAAAUUAAUUGAUAAAUGUUUACUAGAAUUUUUCAUCAGUAUCAGGUUUUCCCUUUUUGCGGAUACAUUGUAAACAUGGCUAUUGGAGAAUUCAUUCACGAAUAAUCUUUGCUUAAGUUAAAAGUAAUUUGAGAAGUAGUGUCUCCAACUCUAAGUAUUUUUGAAGAUUUAAUAAUACUGGUACCGUACCAAGAAUUAAUAUUAUUUACUUUAUUUAUAUUUUAUAGUUAUGUCUAGUAUUACUAGUAGUAGUCAAUUGCAGCAUCUUAUAAUUUACCAGUACAUGGUUUUAAACUCACCUAAAGGAAGGUAUGGCAAAGUGCUUUUAAUUUUUUUGAUAUUCUUGUUAAAUUUCCUUAAUUUCAUUACUAAAUAAUAAAUACUGUACCGGUAGCGUAGUUCAUUUCUAUAUGAAAUUUGGAGGGUUGGCAUCUGUGGGGAUUUUACUAUACUAUAUAUAUAUAAUAUACUGCCCCAUUAUCUUAUUUUUAAAUUAUAAUCCAGCUUGAAGCUAUUGAAUUGCUGGUGCUGAGCUCAAAAUAAGAUAGGGUUGAUAGAAUAAAGUAUUCAUCCUUGGAAAAUUUAUAAAAAUUAAUUAUAGUUCAUAGUCAGACCUUUUACAUAUUGCUGUACCGGGUAUUCUUUAAAAUCGUUUUAAGUCUUCUGUUUGCUAGGUCAUGUUUGAUUUUUAAAAACUGUUUUAGUUAAUCUGCUUGUUUUAGUUUUACUUCAAAAAAUCAGGUUACUGAAAUACUAUAAUUUUCUAAAAUAUUUUGUUUUGCAGUUGGACGUGGAGCAAAUGAGCCGUUAUGUGUCACCCAUCAAUCCUGCAGUUUUUCCACACCUUACAGUAGUUCUACUAGGUAUAGGAAUAUUCUUUAUGGCCUGGUUUUUUGUGUAUCCUUUACAAAAAGUGUCUUUACCACCUAUUGAAAUGAUGAGUCAUGAAUUAAUUUAACAUUUCCAGUCUGUCACACUGUCAGUAUGAAAUUUCUCAAUAUUUUAAAAAAUAUUUCAGUUUUUGAACUGAAUAUGCAAAUUACAAUCCAAUGUGAUGAGAAUGAACCUCUUAAUUUUCAAAAAGUGCUUAUUAUGCAAUCCAAUGCUAAAUUGUUAUCCUUAACUAGCUUUAGAUAUGAAGUAACAAGCACCAAAUUUGCCAGAGACCUAAAAAAAGAAUUAGUUGUUUCCCUUGUGGCAUCCAUCUUUAUGGGUUUUGGUGUUUUAUUUCUGUUACUUUGGGUUGGCAUCUUCGUCUGACAUAAAGGAUUGUGAGUGUAAGUAUAAAAAUUUAAUUACAAAACCCAUGGAGGGGUUAUUUUAAUAUUGCAUUUAUUUAAGUUUCACUUAAGGCUUCUAAUUUAUAAUGUUCAUGGUAUUCUGCUCUGUACAGAAAUCUGAAUUGCAAGAGAGGAAGAGUUGCACUUGCUGGCUGUGUGAUUUCAUGGUUAUUUCAUGUUGGAAGUGUUUGAAGAGUUCAUGUUAUAAAUUUGAAGAUAAUAAAAUCUGUAUUGCAAGUCACUGUAUUGUGUUAGCUUACUCCUAACAAUCUAAGUUUCAUUCAUGCAGCACAUACACGGGGAUAAAUGAUUACAAUGAAACAAUUAUUUUUUUUUUUAUUACACUUUUAAUUUUUUCAUUUUUUUUUUCCAUAUUUUUUUUCAAAAUGUUUUGAAGUUAACACAAAGGUACGGAAACUAAAAAAAACGCACAAAGAUACAAUACAAACCCUUAAAUUAUAACAAGAAAACUCAACAUUUUGCAACUUACAAAGCUGCAAAUGCAAAGAAGGAAGAUGUUUAAAUUUUGAUCUGAUUAUGAAAAGAAGUAGAACAAAAAAUGUGGCUAUGGUAUCUAGGUUACUCAUUUUGUUUAGCUUGGAUAUACAUAAACUGAUACAUCUUUUACAAUUCCAGAUACCUGCUAAGAGAAUAUUGAACAUUCAAGCAAAAUAUUUUAAUUUUUGUACAAUUUCAAAACAUUUUGCUGUUGAUAAUUUGGCUGACAAAAAAUGUACAUAUAUUUAACGUGAAAGCUAUCGUCCUUCCUAUAGUUUCCAUAGAAUAAAGAAAGUAUUAAAAGGCCUUCUUUGCCUCUAGACAUAAUGAACACUGAAUUUGCAAUACUUCAACAGAAUUGUUUAUUUUUUUGUGACACCACACAACUUGACAGUGACAAACAAGAAUUUCCUGAGUACAGGUUCUUUCUCUCAUCCUUUCUCUACAAAAAAUCAGCCAUCUCAGAGGCAAUUUAUUGACAAACAUUGGAAUAGGCUCACAUGGUCUAGCUAUUCCAAUCACAAAGAACUUGAGAUUAAUUAAACAACAAAUGUUAACUAAUUUCCUUUUUUUCUUACAUCUUGUAGUUUUAAAAACAUUAACUGAGGGGGGAUAUGACCUCAGAUGGUAAUUGUCAUACUUUUCCACACAAAGAGAGACAUGGAUUGUACAUACAAAAACAUUGCCCGCCAAAUAAACAGUCAAAACAAGUCAUGACAAGUGUGAGUAAUGGGACAACUUGUUUUAUGACUAGUGUGGAACAAGACAUAAUGUGUGGGACAAAAUAUACUGAUUGUCAGUUUAAAGAGGGGAGAGGUUUUUUUCCGUUAAAACAUUCCUUUAAGAUUGUUCCGAUACAAGUAGGAUAUGUUUAAGUUACCAUGCAUUGACAUUAUGAAACUGCUGUUGGCAUUCACAGUUCAAAGUAGAGAAAGCAAAAGAUUUUGAAGCUAUUUUAAACACUUUUACAGUGAUGAUGGCAGAAACAAAUGCAUGUCACCAUUUGCUGAUUUCUGUUGUGCUCAAUAAUGAUAAGUGGCACUACUUUCUCAUUUAGUGUUUUAUCACUGAAGUAUGAAUAUAGAUUUCUUGUGAAGCAGUUAUUUUCUUCCCAAUGAAGAAGAAAUUGAAGCAAAACAAUUUAAAGCACAGCAAACAAUGAGUUGAAAAUACAAGUUAGCUAGUAAUAUUUAAAAAUAAAGAGCAGUAUAUAUGUGUAUAAUCAAUAAUACGAUCCAAAGGCAGUACAUGGGGCAAUACUAAAUCACAAUAAAAUAAAACUGGGGUACCUAAUUCAUUUUCACUUUUUUUCAACCAGUUUUAGAUAGUUUCUUUUGAUUUACAGAGAAGUUUUGUAGCAAUCUACAGUAAUAGACAAAACAUUGUUUUUUUCAAACCACAAGUAAAUAUUGAUUUUUAAAGUUGAAUGCCAAACACUUAACAUACUGAACUUAAUACAAAAGUACAAAAUAACCCAGUGAAAUUCAAAUGCUUUAAGAAAAUUAUGUACAUAGAUUUUGAGACUUGCCAUGCCAAUACUUUUUAUGGAAAAAAAUAAUAUAAAUAAGUAUACUUCAAUAGAAGACAUAAUGCUUCAUUAGAAGUCCAAUUGUAUUGAUGGCAAAACUGUCUUUGAGGGAAAAAUAUAACAAAUAUAUGAACCCAUUUUAGCAGUUACUAAACCACCUUAAUAAUUGAAAAACCCAAUACUAAAGUAAAAUCUCUUGUAAAUAAUAAAGUUCGAUUAAACAAAAUAUUUUAUGCAUACAAAACUAAAAGCACAAAAGGCACCCCAGCAUGGGAUACACUAGAAAACUACAGGAGAAACAACAAACAGCAAUAACGAGAAAUAAAAAAGUAAAACGUUGACAACAAGGAACCGACCGACCGACGAGUACUGCUUGCUGGACACAUGGACAGUGGAGAAGAAAAAACAAAUGCACGAUGGGGACGUAGUACGGACGCACGACGACGCCACAGGGACACAGGAGACACACGCCAUGUCACGCCAGACGCCAACGUGUUCUCUACAUAAAGAAGAAAAAGCAAAACAGUCAGUCAACUUAAAUACUGAUUAGAUUUUAAUACAAAUAUUAGUAAAACUGCUUAAUUAUAAAAUAAUAUCACUUUAUAUUAAAAUCAAUUGUAAAUCACAAUCAUAUACCUUACACAAGUUAAAAUAAAAAUUUUAACAGAGUUUAAAUUUCAUCCACAUCUUUCCUAAGGUGAAAUAAAUUAAUAGAAAAGAUAAAGGAUAUAUAAGUAUAAGAGCAUAUCACUAAUAAUACUAAUAUACUUUCCACAUGUUAACUGUGGCCUAUCAAAUACUGUUUACAAUGAGAACUGAAAAUAAUUUCAAACUGAUAAAUUUGAAAUAGUUGUUACCAGUAUACAGAUAUUUAAAAGAGUUCCUACAUUAAACAUGAUACAAUACCAGGUAUUUUAAAAACACAUUCUAAUCCAAACUAUUGUUUAUUUAUUUUAAAAAUGUUUUCAAAUCCUUCGAUUUCAUUGAGGCACCUUUUUCUUUGUGCUUACUAGAGUGUUAGUUACAUGUAACGGUAGUGUUCUUUUAGAAAUUAUCUAAAUUGGACUCCAGGGAUGUCAAAAACAUUUACAUAUAAAUGAAAUUUUUAAUGGACACACUAAGAUAUUUCAGCUCUUCCAUUAAUCCUAUAAAAAACUAGACUAUUGAACAGAGAGGCGAAUAUCAUUUUUUCAUAUCCAGUGCUAAAUAAACAUUGGUUCAAUUAGUUCAAAAUGUAUUUUUCUUCAACGUUGAAUUGUUAAAACAAUAACAUAAGUAAGUUUCCUGUCAAAACUUAUGCUUGUAAAUUAAUUAUGUUAUUACCCCUUUAAGUUAAGAUUUAUAUAAAAUACCACUCCUUUGAGAUUAACAAAGGAUGACAUCAUGGCACAAAUUAAUGCAAUAAAAGCGAAUAGUUUAGGAGGUACCCGGUACCCAGAAGUGAUAAAUAAAAAUAUAAAAUAAUUCUUUUUUUUUUCUCCAUAGCAUGCAAUGACGAUGAUGGUAUCCCAAAAGUUACAUUUGAGUUAGAACCAAUAUUUUAUUAACAACUAGCAGAGCAGAAUUUUGAUUUAAAACUUUUUUCUAAUUAACAAAAUUCUUUCAGAAUUCAAAGGAGAAGUUGAAAAUAUUUUAAUACAGCGACUGAUGAGACUAUUCACUUUCAAACUCUUAAAAUGCAGAACAACUGUCAAACCAAAUGUUUUUGACUAGGAGGUGUAUGAAUACUUAGCAAGAGUAAAACCAAAAUAUUUUAAAUUGUAUUGAUAAUGAUGUCACAUUACCAACUUCGAUCUACUGGUGCAUGUAAGAACAUGUGUUUAAAGCUCCUUUCCAAUUCAGCAUCCAAUGGAGAGAUAAGACUUAAGACAGAAUUUUGCAGAUGAGUUUGCAUCACCCUAGUGCUGGAGACUGGUAAAGUCAGUCCGAAAAUUAUCGCAAAUCAAAAUUUUAAGCGUGUCCACUGUUGCAUCAAGGCUAUUAAGUUUUUGAUCAUGAGACUUAAGAGAUCAGUUAUCUAAUAGACUAGAAAAAAGAAUUGUAGAAUGGGGUUUGUAGACCACAUUAUUCACUUGCUACAAUUGUUUUACACUGGGUGCCCCCAACGAGAAAGAUAAAGCAGCGAAAGGUAUUUAAUGACUUAGGAGAGCAACAUUUGAAAAUACUGAGAUAUAUGGCAAUUGACUGCCAGCUCAAAUCUAAAAUUUGUGCAUUAAUUAUAAUUUUGUUCUGAUUUUAACUGAACAUACAUUAAUUUUCCCAAAGAAUGAAUAGUUGCAACAAAUAAAUUCUAUAAAUAAUCCUCGGAUUGAAAAAUAAUUAAUAUCUAAUAACAUCGAGACUAAAUAAAAUAUGAUAUAAUUCAAAUAUCAAUCCAUACUACAUUUAACACUUGUAUUUAUUAAGAACAGCACUGUCCAUAUCAAUAAAAUGCCAGAAAAUUUAGGUAAAAGGUGGCAAAAUGUUUUUAGCUGGUAAAUUUGCAAGUAGUAAGAUGUUUAAUGGUCAACCUUAAUGGUCUUGUCUGCAACUAAAAACAAAUUUACACUGAGGUAACAAACAAAAAUCUCCAAUUAUAAAACUCAAAAUUUAAUUAAAAUUACACAAGCCUUAAGAAAUUAAAAUAACUGCAGGUAGUAUUUAAAAUAGAUACCGGUAUAUGUGCAAUUUAUUGGUGAUGCAACUAGUUAUUCUAAUAUUUUAUUUAUGCCCCGUUUCGAUUUAGUAUUAGCAAGUAAUUUUAACAUACCGCUAUUACAGUGUAUUAAUGCGAAAAAUUUAUAAUAAAGUUUUAAAAAAUUGUAGCGAUUCACAUAAGCUCAUGCGUCUGAAAGCAGUAGACUAUAUUCUGAAAAAACUUUUCAUUCAAACACAGUAACAAGAAAAAAUUAUAAAUGCUCUCCCCUUUGCUGUCCAAGCAUUCUAAUAUUGUUACCCUAUAUGGAUAAACCACAAAUUUUAAAUUUAUUCAUUAAAGUCUUGAUUUCAAUCAAGCUUCAGUUUUUAGACUGUUAAAGAGCAAUUUUUUCCAGAAAGUGACUAAGAUGACCAACUUUAUUUCAAUUUAUAUGUAAUUUAUCAUAAUGCAACUGUAAAUUAUGCUAGCUCUAUAGAUUCUGUUAUUGAAAAGCAAAAUGACUAUUUCCCUCUUGACAGAGUUAUUGAGUUUUCUGUUUUAUAACUGCAUGUAUCACUGUUUAGGAGAUAUAAUUUUUUUAUUUAGGCAACAAGAUUAACAUCAUGUGUGGCAUGGCAUUUUAGGGCUUUUUUGAAACAAAGGAGUUUGCCUUAUAUAUGAUGGCGUUAUAUGUUGUAAUCUACAGUAGUCUAGUUUAACAAAUAAAAUACUGGUAUUAUGGAUAAUAAAGAAAAUACAUAAAUUCAUUGAAUUUUUUAUAUUAAUUAAUGUGAAAAUAAAAUUUAAAAUAUUAAAAGCAGUUAGAAAUUUUCUUGUCCAUACCUAAUGUAGCGGUACCUUAACUUAAUGUGAUAUAUUAGUUCAAAUGGAGAUUCUUUCCAUUGAUAAAAAAAAUUUAGAAUCUACUACAGUUAGAAAAAAAAAAAUUAAAUAUUUUAAGAUAUUCGAAGUCAAAAACGUUUGUAAUAUUAUUUACUACAUAAAUUGGUUAAAUAUAAUUUAUUGCUUAACAAGCAACACAAGUUUUCAUAAAGUACCCAAGACAGAAUUACUGUGCCCAAUAAAUAUAUACAUAUACACACACACACACAUAUAUAUAUACAUAUAUACAUAUAUAUAUAUUUAUACAUAUAUAUAUAAAUAUAUAUAUAUAUACAUAUAUAAAUAAAUAUAUAUAUAUACAUAUAUAUAUACAUAUACAUAUAUAUAUACAUAUAUACACACACACGGGUAGAUAGUCCAAGGUGCUCAAAUGCCAUGGAACCAGAAAAAAUUUAAACUAGCACACAAAAUUUAUUUGUUUGUUUGUUUAUAAACCAUAGAUAAAUAUGACAUACUCUUGAGAAAAUGGAACUGGCUCCUAAAUUAAUUUGUUUUGUCCAACUCUUACUUAUGUAUAUGACAUAUUUAUAUAUACAUACACACACUUAAAAUAAGUAUCUGAUCUUUUUCUAUUUCUUUAUAACUUCAUAGAAGUUGGUUUGUUCUAUAGGCUCGAUUUACUUUUAACAUAUAUAGAUAUUUAACUGACAACAUCAAACAAAAUUUAAAAACAAAAAAAAAAACUCAAUUUUUAAAGGAAGGGAAUGACAACAAAAUAUAGCACCUUAGUGAGAAUUACUUCAAUGCUGCCUUGAAAGAAAUUACAUUUCCCCCUCACCUUUCCCUCUAUUUGUCCGGCCCGUAUAAACUGCGGUCUGUCUAGUAAGGCUUGCUGUCAUUCUUGGGUCGCUUGAGCUGCACCUUGAGUCGCUUCAUACCGAUCUGGAAGCCGUUCAUGGAUUGAAUGGCACCCUGGGCUGCCAGGGGAUUGUCGUAGCUAACAAAACCUGUUAGUAAUAGAAAGUAUUUUUUUUUAUAACAAAUGUUAAAACUAAGUCUUAGAAUUAUCUAUUCACUUUUCCACUGAAGUAACAAUGAUGAUAUAUAAAUUUAUUUCUUUUGAGAUGUUAGGCACUACAAAUUUGGGCUGAAAAUUCAAAUAUGCGUACCGGAACCACAACUUAAGAACAGAAACGCUUAAAAAUUGUUAAAAACUUUUCGCCUUUAGGCAUGUCAAGCAUCUACAAAACCUAUAUCUCUGGCCAUAUUUCUUACUUUGGCACUAAUAUAUGCAAACUCAAAAAAUCAGUUUCAUAUAAACUAAUUUCGAAAUCAUGGAUAGCAUUCUUUUCUGGUUAUAAGUUUAUUGGUGAGGCGAAGGCUAAGUCCUAAAUUUAUGUCUAUUAAAUCUGAGUGUAGUGUAAGUUAAUAGUAUUUUAAUUUUCAUUAUUUCCUUCACUAGAAAUUUUUAGCACAUAGAGAAAAAACCCAUCUAUCCACAUGACUUUUCCCCAGUACAGUUAAAAAUAAGGUUUAUAAAAUGGUGAACUAAAUAAAUUUGUCAAGUCAGACAAUAUAGAUAUCACUUCAUUAAUUAAAAUACAGAAAUCUGUAUUACUACAGCUAACAUAAUUAACAGAUUAAUUAUUUACAAUAACAUAUAAAUUGCUAUCAAAUUAUCACCUGAUUUCAUUUUUUUAAAUACAAAAUUAUUAUUGGUCAGUGUAAAAAAUACUGAAAAUCUGACUUCAAACAAGCUAUUUUCAUUUAAAAGUUGUGAUUUAUCCAUUUGGGAAGGAUGUAAUCAUGUUAGUAUGGGCGUGCAGCUGAGGGGAAAUUAUUCAUGAAUUUGUCUUGUUGCUAUGAUAUAGAUAUGAUGAUUGGGAUUGUGUGGAUUUUAAGUGUUAAAUGUUAUUCCACAGGAAGCUUGAAAGAUAUUUCCCACCAACUUGGGCUACACCUAACCCCUAACAGCUAAGAUGGCUGAGAACUGUUAAAACAGGCCACUAAACUGAUAAUUGACUACUUAACCUACCGAAACAUUUGCUG